UAGGCGAAAAACAGAUGGAUCCGUUAAUAUCUCAUGUCUAGAACUGAACGUUAAACUUAAAGACUUAUUGUUAUUCAAAACCGUUAUGUAUCAGGUUCUGGCAAGUGGUGGCACUUAAAUGCUUCCGUAAAUAUUUGUUAUGUUAUCAGUUCUAAAUUAAACUUUACUUCCUUAGCAGAUUAAAGCACAAAAUGCAGUUAAGACUGUUAUUUAAUUUCAGUAUAAUUAAGUUUCAUUAAUGCAUUUCACAUACAAAGAGCAACAUGGAAUGUGACGUCACUACCGUCUAGACAGCUAUUUUAAAAAAAAAUGGGAACUUUCGCUUUCGCUUUCAGUUUUAAGUUUUAAAUUUCUGGAGUAUGAUUCAUAGAAGAGAAGCAACUGUUUUAAUUAUUUAUUUGUCUUUAUCAGUGGUUUCAGCCGACUUUUUAACUGCUGGUGUAUUUGCAGCAGUUUCUGCCUGGUUAAAUAACAAAGGAUACACGAGUUCAGAAUAUUGUACUGACAGAUGGAUAUCAACAAAUUAUACAGACCUGAAAUUGACACUCGAAGCCAAACUGUAUGGGCAGCACCUGGUCAUUGAACCUCUUGUGAAAUAUCUGAAAGCCCAUGGAAAAGAUAACCCAAGAAAAACGCUAGUCUUGUCUUUCCACGGAGGGACAGGGACAGGAAAGAACUAUGCUAGUAAAAUUGUAGCAGAGAAAAUGUUUGUAAAAGGAAUGAAAAGCAAGUACGUUCAUUUGAUCUCAGCUGUAAAAGAGUUUCCGCAUCAAUACAAGACAGAUUCUUACAAGGACAAGUUAAAGGAUUUCAUAGAAACGCGUGUAAAAGAGUGUCCACGAUCAUUGUUCAUAAUUGAUGAGAUGGAUAAGAUGCCACCAGGAAUUAUUGAUACCCUCAAACCCUAUCUGGAUUUUUAUGACAGCCUUGAUGGUGUGGACUACAGGAAAGCUACGUUCUUCUUUUUAAGUAACACAGCGGCAAAAGAUAUAGCAGAGAAAGCAAUAACAACUUGGAAGAAUGGUUUGGAAAGGGAAUCUAUCAAACUAAAGGAAAUGGAAGAGAUUAUAAGACUUCCUGCACUUAACGAAAAAAGUGGUCUUUGGCAUAGCGAGUUAAUUGUGAAUGAUUUGAUCACAGCAUACCUACCAUUUCUUCCACUUGAGCGAGGUCAUAUCAAACAAUGUAUUAGGGACGGCCUUAUUCGAGGAGGAUAUUACAAGUUGGAGAAAGAAAUAUCAGAAAUCAAAGUUCAGGAGAUAGCAGACGAACUUCGGUAUUAUCCUGAAGGCCUCGGUGUGUUCUCAACUACAGGUUGUAAACGCGUGUAUCAGAAAAUAGGCUUCAUUAUGGAAGAAGAGCUAUAGACAGGCAGUUGUAAUAAUUAUUUAUGCCAGACUGGUAAAAAGAUGUACUAAAUAGGUGUUCAAACUGUCCGUAAUAUGUCAAUUUUAUGGUACAUUGUAUUCUAUAAAAGGACUGAAUUCUCAUUUCUUAUUAUAUUGAAUCAAGAAUCAACUGACAAGAUUUAUUUUGAUGUUUUUGUUAUUUUUGACAUAACUGAAGUUUUUUUGCUGUGCUUUGAUUCAUGUUAUGGAGAUAUAAUUGAUUAGUCAUGUUUGAAAUUUUGUUCAAGAAUUGAUAUAUACCAAGGAGUGAUUUGUCUUGGAGUUCAGAUGCGAAGGAAUUGUAUCACCGGGGCGCAACACUCAUGAUAUAGUUAUAUGCAAAGUAACUACAAACCAGUUUUUAUUCAAGAGUUAAUUACUGUUUGAGAUAAACAUUGUAUUUGUUUUCGAUUCUAACACGUAAUCAAGGAUUAUUUACACCCUUGACGAUAUAAAACGAUUAUUUGCCUGCCGUAAAGUUGUUUGACGCUGUGGCGUUACAAUUGUGACUUACAAACAUGCAUGUGCUGCAUAAUGAAACAGUUUUUCAGUCUUCUUUGUUUGAUAGGGAAAUAAAUCGUGUUGCGUCAGAAUAA